UACUGAUUAUACCGUAAACUCGUUUUCGCGGAUACGUUCGAGAAUCGUGCGACGAUUUUCAUCUAUCGCGAAAUAACCCGGGAUUAACGCUUUAACGUUUAGGUAAUCGCACAGAGGCCAUGUCGUUUUUCAAUGUUGUAACCAUAGGCGUAACGACCGGAGAGAGUUUUUUUGCAAACGGUAUUUAUUUGAUCGGGAACGAGAGGAUAGCGGAGAUUUUUAUUAGGAAUAUUUAUCGUUCGCGCUGAGUUGAAUAUUGAAUCGAUUGUCAUUAUGCUCGGUGUACUGUUCGUGGUACACAUCAUAUUUACAACCCGGUUGUGCCUUUCGAAUACAAACGACUGAUUGAUUAUUGCCGGCCAAAUUGAGCAAUGUUAAUCGCCGGAUGGAAUACGUUCGCGUGAAUGAUAUUAACAACUAGUCAUCGUGAAACGGUUGUAACGGUGUUAGGAGGUAUUUGGAGUAUUUAUCGGUAUCGUGGAUGGAAUUGUUUUAGACAGUGACAACAAAAAUAUUGGCAGUUUUGACUGUAGUUUUUGUGCCAUUCGAAUGAGUCUCUGUGAAAAAAUGAAUGUUUCUGUUAGUCGAUUACAGUACAGGUUUUAUAUUCGUAUAGUGUUUACAGUAAUACCUCAUCAAUAUUGAGCUGUUCUGAAGUAUUUAUUCGCAUAGAUAAUACUUUCCUGGAUCUAUGACUUGAUCUUGAAGUGAAUAAAAAUAAAUUCAAGAUGUAUGCGUUAAAAAUGCAAGCUGCCUGCCAAAGUGAAGGCAGUGGGGAACCUGAUGAUUCUACUAGUCAUCAUCAAGAACCUGUUCGACCUCCAGCACAAGAUUGUAGCUCAUUUGAUAUUGUUAGAGCAACACAGUAUGGAGCACUGGAUCGUGUAACUGAAUUAGUAGAAGCCGGUGCAGAUGUAAAUCAACCGGAUUCGGAAACUGUAACACUAUUACAUUGGGCUGCUAUAAAUAAUCGUAAAGAUAUUGUAAAAUACCUUAUUGCAAAGGGAGCUGUUGUUGAUGCAAUUGGCGGAGAACUGGACUCCACACCGUUGCAUUGGGCUACAAGGCAAGGUCAUUUGUCUACAGUAGUAAUAUUAAUGAGAGCAGGUGCCGAUCCAACUCUCAGAGAUUCAGAAGGAUUCUCCUGUAUUCAUUUAGCAGCGCAAUUCGGUCAUACAUCAAUUGUUGCUUAUCUAGUCGCAAAGGGAGUGAAUCCUAAUAUGCCAGAUAGAAGCGCGAUGACACCUCUUAUGUGGAGUGCUUACAAAGUAAAUAGUCUUUCCUUUUACAGUCUAGAUCCGACGCGAUUAUUAUUGACACUCGGAGCGUCUCACUCGCUAGCAGAUAAUUUUCAUAGGAACACAGCUUUGCACUGGGCCAUUAUAGCCGAGAACAGUACAGCAAUAUCCACGUUGGUCCACCAUGGCGCGUCUUUGGAUGUGCCCAAUAUACGGGACGAGACGCCGAUGACGUUGUUAGGUCGUCACAUUGGGGCUGCCUGGUUGGGGCAUAAGAUCAGCCAAGAGAUCCGAGAGAAACAGGGCAGAUCGAGGACAUGGUGUAGAGAUAAGAGAAUGCGUUGGUACUGUGUGGUCAGUACACCGUUUAUAGUUUUUUAUCUAAUUGGAAUGAUUUUUCAAAGUGGAUUGGAUUAUCUAGUAAAAUUAGGUGCCUUUGUCACUCUUUACAUAGCGUUGUAUUUAGCUAAUCAUUUUAUUUUUGACGAACGAUUGUUUCAUAUUAUACCGAUGUCAAUUUACUUGGCCACGAAGAUGUGGAUAUACAUUACAUGGAUAUUUUGGUUAGGCAUACAUGCUGCAUGGUAUUUAUGGUUUCUAUUGGUAGGCGGGUCGGUACCGUUGUGGAUAUGUUUUUUACAGUCUUGGAGGGGUGACCCUGGUGUGAUCACAGCAACACACGAGGACAAAAUAAAUACAAUUAUAGAAUUAGCGGAAUCCGGUGGUUUCGAGCCGCAAUCAUUUUGUAGCAGUUGCCUGGUCAGAAGACCCAUGAGAUCCAAGCAUUGUUCGACAUGCGACCGAUGCGUGGCACGUUUUGAUCAUCAUUGCCCAUGGGUCAAUAACUGUAUUGGUGCGCACAACCACAAAUAUUUCCUGGGGUUCUUAGCGUCACUGUUAGGCCUCUGUAUCGUUGUUUUAUCCGCUAGUGUACAGUAUUGGCAGUUCGAAUGCUGGACAAACUUAACAAACGGGCACAGCGCUGACAACUAUCUCGUCGCCGCGGCUACCUGUGACGCUUGGGUAAUGUGGGUAACGGCAAACACAUCCCUGCACUUCUUCUGGGUUGGCACAUUGUUGGCGUGUCAGUGUUAUCAGAUUAUGGUCCUCGGUAUGACAACGAAUGAGCGCAUGAACGCUGGACGUUACACGCACUUCAAGCAGGGGAAUCCCUUCCACCGCGGCGCCCUUCAGAACGCAGCCGAUUUUUGUAACAUAAGCUUCUGCGGGGUGAAGGCGAAGCCGAGCUCGGACUGGCUGCACAGUUUCCACCACAAACAGAGCAUCGAGAAGUUGCCGCUGCUCGCCACGAAGGACAACUUCCAGUAUAUCUAGAAUAUUUCCUAACGAUCAAUGAACUGUCUUGGGCGACGCAUACGAUCCAGCUGUCAGAGGCUAAAAGAGAGAAAAGUGUGUCAUAUCAUUUCUGCCUGAAGCACUAGGCUACUAAAGUGAGUUUAACGCAGAAUCGUUGGAAGUGAAUUUGUCCCGGUAGGAGGGCGGUGAUCUUUGCAUACACAGAUUCAAUUUUGCGUGCCGCAAAUGAUUUCAUACACUGUCGAUGAACUUACACGGACACUUGAAUUCAUCUAUCGUAAAAGACUGUUCUACGACGUAAGUAUAUGCGUGUCCUCCCGUUGUCAUCAUUUUCUGUAUCUUCUAUUCCUCCAAGCAUGAAACGCCGGUAGAACAACAUGCACAAGUACUUUAUUUUUUUUCUUUUUUAAAAAGAGAGAGAGGAAAGAAAA